AUGGCUGUAGGAAAAAAUAAGCGGCUCUCCAAGGGCAAGAAGGGUAUCAAGAAGAAGGUCGUCGACCCCUUCUCUCGCAAAGACUGGUUCGACAUCAAGGCUCCUUCAAUUUUCGAGCAGCGCAACGUUGGCAAGACAUUGACGAACCGAUCUCAGGGCCUGAAAAACGCCAAUGACUCGCUGAAAGGCCGCAUCAUCGAACUCUCCUUGGGUGAUCUCAACAAGGAGGAGGAUCUCUCUUUCCGCAAAAUCAAGCUACGCAUCGAUGAAGUCCAGGGCAAGAACUGCCUCACGAACUUCCACGGCAUGGACUUCACCUCCGACAAGAUCCGCUCGCUCGUCCGCAAGUGGCAGACUCUCAUCGAGGCCCACGUCGAUGUCAAGACCACUGACGGCUACCUUCUCCGCCUCUUCGCUAUCGGCUUCACGAAGCGACGACCAGAGCAAGUGCGCAAGACCACCUACGCUCAGUCAGCGCAGAUACGGGAGAUUCGCAAGAAGAUGUUCGAGAUCAUGACGCGGGAGUCGACCAACUGCGACCUGAAGGAGCUGGUGCAGAAGUUCGUGCCGGAGGCUAUUGGACGGGAGAUCGAGAAGGCUGCGCGCAGCAUCUACCCUCUGCAAAACGUCUACAUCCGCAAGGCGAAAAUCCUGAAAGCACCCAAGUUCGACAUGUCAAAACUUCUUGAGCUCCAUGGCGAAUCAACAACUGAGACGGGAACGCGGGUCGUUAAGGACUACAAGGAGCCGGAGGUUCUCGAAUCCGUAUAA